UAAUAAGAGGAAAACCUAUAAAGCCUGAACUAUUUGGAAGGGGAGGGGGAGGGAAAGCCCUCUUUUGGAGCUAGCUAAUUUGAUUGGUCAGUGACUAAAGGUAUUGCUCCACCCCCUCUCCGAGCUUCAGGCUGUGGAGUAUGAGUAAAUGGGGAGGAAAGGCUCAGUCUGUUUGGUUAACGCAGACAUGAAAGUGCUGUAGCACUCAGCCCUCCAGUGUUUCGGCGAGGCAAAAGCAGUAAGUGCCGCAGCACCUGUCUGUGACGGACUGAGAGAGAGCGCGAGCAAACGAGAGAGAGAGAGAGCGCGGCAGAGACACAGAGAGAGAAGCGGGGGGCGGGGGGGUGCCUGAGAUACCGUAGAAAAAGGACUUAACGCUGGAGGUGUGAGUCAGUCUUUCUCUAAGCCGGCAAUUGGAAGGAAGAAGAAAUGUUUACUGUGUAGAAAUGAGUGAGACUUACCUUAGAUGUUGGAUUUUUGUUUGGAAAAACUUGUGGAUACGACCUUGCAAACGUGUUUAUUAUAAGACCUCUUUUCUCCUCUAUGAAUCAUUAACCCUUUCAGUUCUGGGCUUUUUCCUUCUUUUCCAGGCUGCCACCCAGUGUAGCUCCAACACCGUAAAUUUUCCGACCUUGGUAGAGGGGACGGAGGGAACCAUGAAAAUGGACAUGGAAGAUGCUGACAUGACUCUCUGGUCAGAGGCAGAUUUUGAAGAAAAAUGCACAUACAUUGUGAAUGACCACCCCUGGGACUCUGGUGCUGAAGGAGGAACUGCCAUUCAGGCCGAGGCAUCUUUGCCAAGGAAUCUGGUUUUCAAAUAUGCACCGAACUGCAAAGAGGUUAUUGGAGUAAUAAGCAAAGAAUACAUACCAAAAGGAACACGUUUUGGACCCCUGAUAGGUGAAAUCUAUACCAAUGAUACAGUUCCCAAGAAUGCCAACAGAAAAUAUUUUUGGCGGAUCUAUUCUAAUGGGGAACUUCACCAUUUCAUCGAUGGCUUUAAUGAGGAAAAAAGCAACUGGAUGCGUUAUGUGAACCCUGCUCACUCUGUGCAGGAGCAGAAUUUGGCCGCAUGUCAGAAUGGAAUGAACAUCUAUUUCUACACUAUUAAGCCAAUCCCUGCCAACCAGGAACUUCUUGUGUGGUAUUGUCGGGACUUUGCAGAAAGACUCCACUAUCCUUCCUCCGGAGAGCUGAUGAGGAUGAAUCUCACUCAAACACACAUCAGUCCAAAGCAACAGAGCACUGAGAAAAACGAGCUUUAUCCCAAAAGUGUCCCAAAGAGAGAGCACAGUGUGAAAGAAAUUCUGAAAAAUGAUUCCAACCAUUCAAAAGGAAAGAACUUCUUCCAUACUAACAUUUCACCCAUCACUCCAGAAAAGGACAUGGAUAACUUGAGGAAAAAUUACAGCCCCGAAAGGCCUAUUUGCCCUCGCGUUAUCUACCCAAUUCGGGUUCCCAAUCCAGAAGACUUGUUGAAAACUUCUCUGACCUACAGAAUGGAGAGACCUACUUACAUUACUCAUUCCCCCAUCCCAUCAUCCACCACUCCUAGCCCCUCAGCAAUAAGCAGUCCAGACCAAAGCUUAAAAAGCUCCAGCCCUCAUGGAAGCCUGGGGGAUACUGUUUCACCUUUGGCUCCCAUUUCUCAAGAACAUCGAGAAUCUUACUCUUACUUGAAUACACAUUAUGGCACAGAAGGAUUGGGGUCUUACCCUGGCUAUAUACCACCACCUAGUCACCUUUCUCCAGCUUUCUUCCCCUCUUAUAAUACUCAUUAUCCCAAGUUCCUUUUACCUCCAUAUGGUAUGGGCUGUAAUAGCCUGAGUACUGUGAACAAUAUAAAUAACAUCAGUAACUUCAAUAUCUUCCCAAGAUUAUAUCCAUUCUACAGUAACAUGCUCAGUGGAGGAGGUAACUUGCCUCCUACUGUGUUCAACCCAGCUACUCUUCCAAAUUCAUUGCCUUCUGAAGGAUCCCGGAGAUUACUACAACCAGAACACCCCAGAGAUGUCCUCAUACCUGCACCCCACAGUGCCUUUUCUAUCACCAGCGCAGCCACCAGUAUGAAAGACAAGCCAUGUAGCCCAACGAGUGGGUCCCCAACUGCUGGAACAGCUGCCACAUCUGAACACAUGAUACAACCUAAAGCUACCUCAGCGAUGUUGGCAGCCAACAGCAGUGAAGAAGCCAUGAAUCUCAUUAAAAGUAAGAGAAACAUGACUGGUUACAAAACACUUCCAUAUCCACUGAAGAAACAGAAUGGAAAGAUUAAGUACGAGUGUAAUGUUUGUUCCAAGACUUUUGGGCAACUCUCAAACCUUAAGGUCCACCUCAGAGUGCACAGUGGAGAGCGACCAUUCAAAUGUCAAACUUGCAAUAAGGGUUUCACUCAGCUUGCCCACCUGCAGAAACACUACUUGGUCCACACUGGAGAAAAGCCUCACGAAUGUCAGGUCUGUCACAAACGAUUCAGCAGCACCAGCAACCUGAAGACCCACCUGCGACUUCACUCUGGAGAGAAACCAUACCAGUGUAAGCUGUGCCCGGCCAAGUUCACCCAGUUUGUGCACCUGAAACUCCAUAAGCGCCUACACACUCGAGAGAGGCCACACAAGUGUACUCAGUGCCACAAGAGCUACAUCCACCUCUGUAGUCUCAACGUUCACCUGAAUGGUUAUUGCCCCCUGGCCCCAACCUCCGGUCUGCCCAUGGAGGACCUGACCCGAGUCAAUGAAGAAAUAGAAAAGUUUGACAUCAGUGACAAUGCAGACCGACUGGAAGAUGCAGAGGAUGCUGCCGAUAUGACCUCUGUGGUGGAGAAAGAAAUCCUGGCUUUGCUCAGAAGAGAGAUGGAAGGAGCCAACCUGAAAAUGUCUUUGCAAAGGAACAUGGGGAAUGGACUCAUCUCCUCAGGGUGUAACUUUUACGAGACAUCAGACCCAUCCCUCAUGAAGUUGCCUCACAGUCACCCACUACCUCUGUUACCUGUAAAGGUCAAACAAGAAACAGUUGAACCAAUGGAUCCUUAAGACUUUCAGGAAUGAAAGGAGUGGUUUAUAUAUGUAUAUAUACAUAUAUAUAUAUAUAAAAUUAAUUUAUGACUUGGCACGUCAGGAUGCCUUGUAGCAAAUUUGUACAUUGAAUCCAAUGCUGCAAAGCUUACCUGGCAUCACAGAAGAGUUCCCCUCACACUUUUCCUCCAGUUCAAAGAAGGAACUCUGAAGUUAUUGUAAUCUCAGGGCAUAAAGAGAGCAAAAGACUUAUUAUAUGUAUACGUAUUAUAUAUACAUACAUAUAUAUAUAUAUUUGACUGCGUGUGUUUUUAAUAUGUUUGUAAGUAUGUUUGCGUAGCCUUUGCCAUUACUAAAGACAAUCUCCUAUCUAUAAUUAUUUUUCAAUGAUAGUACUUUAUAAUUUAUUAUGCAAUUUAUCAUUUUAAAAGCAAUAAUUAGAAAAUGUUUACAAUGACUGGAAAAAUCAUUGUAAUUUGAGUAUAAAUGUUUGGGUGUGUUUUUUUUGUUUGUUUUUUUGUUCUGUCUUAUAGCCAUUCUUUGUAGAUAAUUUCUGCACAUCUGUCUAAAUUAAGGUAAAGUUAAAAUUGGAAAAACAGAAAUACAUUACUUCAGUCAAUAUGCCUACUUAGUAAAGGUUUGAAAAUGGGGUUUUGUAUUGCCAAAGGUGGAUAUGUUGAAUCAUACUUGAGAUCAUAUAGUUUGAACAGCAUUGUGUAACUUGGGGGGGAAGAUGUGCAGAAUUACCCAAUAAUAAUUUGGAUAGUGGCAAUACAGAAAGGAAUCCUGCCUCUUGUGUAGGUAGUCCAGACAUUUUUUUUUCCCCUUACCUACAGCUCUACCCAGAAGAGUGACAUGACCAGGAAGGCUGUGCCAACCUGACUUUUUAUGCCAAUGAGCAGGGGUUGUUGUUGUUUGGUUGGUUGAAUCUGUUUUAUUUUUUGCUUUUGAUUUCUGAAAGCAAUACAGAACCCCAGAGUCACACAAUCUAUCACCAAACUGCCGUAUAACUUUGCAUCCCAGUGUAGCAACUGAAAAUGUGAAGAUGAUAAAAAUGCCAUGUUUAAUACCACUGUUGCAAGCACAAGUGGUUUCUUUGUGUGUAUAGUUUUUCAGGUUGUAGUUUGGGGUGUUUUGUAUGUUGUAUGUAUGUAUGUUUUAAAUUCUAGAUGUCAGAAUUGCACAAACGUGGUGCUUUCCCAGAAAAGAUUUUGGGAGUUAGAAAGGCUCAGGCCACAUUUUGAAAAACUUAAGCAAAAAAAACAACAACAAAAACCAAAAACGGGUAUUUUCUCGUUGUCUCUGGGUAGAAAUGAGUGAUGAACAUUCCUGUUUCAGCACAUCAGUUUUGUUUUGUUUUCUGUAAGACUCAGAUUUUCCUCAGUAUUUGCAUUUGUACAUUUUGUGGUUAAUUUAAUUGAAGAUGAAAAGGGCAUUGCAAAGUUAUUCAACAACAAUUACCUCAUUGAGUGUGUCCAGUAGUGCAGGAAAUGCUGUUUUAUCUAUCUAAUGCUUUGCUACUUUAGAGAAGAAACCGAAUGUGCGCAGAAAAUGUAGGCUGUUGUUUGCUUUUUUUUCUUUUAAGUUUCUUUCUAUCUCCUUUAAACUUAAAAAUCAUACUGAAGGACUGGGGUCAGAAAAGGGGAGGGUGGGAGUGGAAGGGUAGGAUAGUAAGAGAGUUGGGAGCAGAGAGGGGCAAUCAAGUACCUAUUGAGCUCUUCUUGCAUGCAAGGCACUGUGGUAAAUCUACUGGAGAAAGCAAACCUGUCUUGAAGGAACUUAAAAGUUUAGUUAGGGAGACAACAUAUACACCUAAAAACAUAACUACCAGUGGGGUCAGAUUCUGGGAAUUUCAUCUUAAUGGGGCCCCAAAAUUCAGGGAAGGGAAAAGACACCCCUGUCCUCCUCCCCUUCUGCAUCAUCAGUGCCCCUGAUUACACCUGAGAGUGGUGGGCCAGAUGAAGACAAUCUCAAAGGGGCCAGUCUUUUCCUUUUUUUCCCCCCUUCCUCCAAGCGCAUGAGUGUAUUAUUUUUUCCCUUCCAUUUGCUAAGCCCAAAGAUCUCAUGUCAGCAUUCAAGGUGUAGCAAAGAAUGGUGUAUAUUUAUGCAUUUUAUUUAUACCACUUUACCAUAUAUGUAUAUGUAAUAUAUAUUUAUAUCACAUUGUGAGCCAAACCAUGUAAUAGGACCUAAUUUGCAUAAAAGAUGAAACUCAAACCUUUUCAGAGGACUUUGCAUCACACCUGAUGACCUCAAACCCAGGACCAUGAUGUUCUGGGCAUUUUAUAGAAUUUUUCUUCUGAAUAUGUCUGCUCCCUUGGGGUUCUAAGGUCCAACAGGGAAGACUGGCCCAAAAAAGAACUUUGACAGGAAAGGGAAAUAAAAAUCCUACCCUGUGUGAGGGAGCACCCCAAAGACCAGUGGAUAUGAGUAGAAUAAAUCAUCUUUAAGUGUCAGGGACAGUAAUGGAGCUUCAUUUCAUUUGGACACAUCUGAGUUAUGUGGUCACACCCAAUGUCAGAAGCAAAGCUCAUGACACCCAUCACCACUCAGCAUAUAUUGUCUUUAGGUCCUUGUUACUUUACAGGUCUCUGAGCAGACCAUUUUAGAAAUUGCAUGAUUUUCAGCUGGAAAUGAAAAUGGCAAAUAGGUGGACAACUAGGAAACAAAAACCCAAUUUAAGAUAACCCAGGGAAGUUUUAUAAAUGAGACUUUUGCUGGACAAGUUAGUUAUAGUGUAUAUUGCAAGGCUGACAAAUUUGUAGCAAUGUGGUUUAACAAAUAGAGUACUUAAAUGUAGAUAAACCAAAGUAUCACUACUGGGACACUGGACACACUUUCCUUAUCCUUAACUCCUGUUCCCCCAUCUUUUUUGGCCUUUAGGGCUUUUGUGUACUUCAUACAAGUUUUUCAAGGAUUUAUAUACUGCAGCUUUAAAAAUUUUGAAUUCUCUUUACUAUCCACAGUUCUCCUGACCCUCCCCUGUUUAGGCCUCUUUACAUGUGAAUGUAGCAAACAAUCAGAAGUGGUUUUGCUUUUCUCUACUCAAAGGAAAAACUGACCAAAGUUAAUGGGCUUUUUUUAUUUUGCUAGAACAACAAACUUAUCUUAUGUUUACGAACUGGUUUACAUUGUUAUUUAUGUACAAAUUGUCAAAAUGUAAAUUAAAUAUAAAUGUUCAUGCUUUA